AUGUCCAACACAAAAAGGUUCAUCCCUAUCCCGUCCCAGUACGCCAUCUACAACUCAUACGAUGUCGACCCAAAAUGGCAGAUCAAGUUUACCAUUAUCUGGACAUCAAUACUCGCCUUCUCUUUUCUCCUCUCCUUGCCCUAUGUCGUCCAUCAUCUUCGCAUAGGUAGGCUUUACUCGGGAUGGGCUAUUCAAGAGUGUCUCGAUCCCCCAGAAAGGGACCCUGCUCCUGCCGAGCCAUCGAAAGCUCGUUCGAAUCAGCAGACGUUCCACGGACGGGUAUACAAAGGCAUCGGCGCCAUGGUGCAGAGCGCCACACUCCUGACGCUCCCCAUGCCCAACAUCUCUUUCUGGAAGACUCACGUGAGUGACUGCUGUCGUCGUGCCUAUUUCACCCUGUCCGUCUGGCAGACAGCACUGGUGGGUGGGUACAUGGGCGCUGUGGUCGCUUGUUUCGUGGUCGGAGCACAGUUGACUCAAAAUCCCAACCGACCGGGAUUUCUGGCCUUGGCACAACUGCCCGUGAUCUUGCUACUUUCUCUCAAGUCACCUGUCCCCCUUCCCAUCUUUCUUCCCUCCCUCUCGUACGAGCACUACAACUUUCUGCAUCGCUGGGCCGGCAGGACGCUCUUCCUGUCCGUGUCUGUGCACGGCGGUAUGUGGAUCAACCAGUUCGUCACGACCAACCAGUAUGACCAAUUGUCUGCCGCAAAAUCAAAGAGAGGCAUGCUAGCGUAUGGAAUGAUGGGAAUGGUUGUUCUCACGAGCUUGAAGCCUGUUAGGAGAAUGUGCUAUCAGCUGUUCUGGAUGGCUCACGUAUUGUUCUUUGUCGGCUUUUUUGCUGCCAUUUCGUAUCACACUCCUUAUAGUCGCCCGUGGAUCUGGCCAUGCGUCUCGAUCUACGCCUACGAUCUCUGCGUCCGCAUGCUCCGCUACCGUAUCAAAGACGCCACCCUCGUCCCUAUUGAUAACACCCUCACCAUGAUUCACAUUCCAGACUGCGACGCCGGCUGGCUCCCUACACAGCACAUUCUCAUUCGCGUUUUGAGCGGGUCGGGUGUAUUCGAGUCGCAUCCUUUCACCAUCACCAAUGCGCCCGCUACAGCAUUCUCGGCGGCACCAAGAGGCAUCAUCUUGUAUGCCAAGGUAGCGGGCGACUGGACGAGAAAGUUGCACAAUUUGGCAAGUGACACCACUCGCGAGGUGGGCGACGAGAAAGAGUGCAUGUUGCAACAGCAGCCUGGUCAGGGAGAUGGCCUGCAGGGGAUAGAUCAUCCCGGUAGGAAGGUACAGAUCGUUAUCGACGGCCCGUAUGGAGGGCUCAAGAUGGAUUUGGGUCAAUAUGAACACGUCUUACUCGUCGGUGGAGGAAGUGGCAUCACAUUCAUUCUUGGGAGUGUCGAAGAGGCUUUGAGAGUACGAGAGCAAGGGCGAGGUCCAGUCAAGGUCGACGUUGCAUGGGUCGUCAAGGAACUUUCCGCCAUCGAAGCUCUUUCCCCUACACUCCUUCACCUCCACGCUCUUGCUCAGCGGCUUGGGCUCGAACUCACAUACAAUCUUUACCUCACCGACCCUCCCCACCCGCUUCCACCUUCCCCGGCCGUCUUGCCCUCCACCACCACCCUCUCGCCCUACCGCCCCGAAGUGGCGCAACUUGUCAGAGAGUCCCUUCCACUCCCGAUGCCUUUGCGUGGCGGGUCUUCUUUAGAGGUGGGGGCUACAGACGAAGAGGAGCACCUUGGGGGACAUGGAGGCGUCGGAAAAGGUCAUGGAGACGGGCUGGCUGUGAUUGCAUGCGGGCCCACCAACCUUGUUUCCGAGGCGAGCAAUUCCAUCGCAGGGCUCAGUAUAGCUGAGCGGGUGAGGUGCGGGGGGAUAGGAUUCCACGGCGAAUGUUAUGCUCUGUAG